AUGUUUACGUUCAUUCGGAAUUGUUUUGCUGUUAUCGCUAGAUACACGUGUUAUAUGUGUCCGGCUUAUCAAUUUAACCAACUUUAUCAAUUUAACUGUUCACCGUUACUAGCAACUCGUGCAAAGAUGAACGGAUUGCCAGAGGACCAUCCACGAAGAUUGAUCCCAGAUCUAUGUAAACAGUUUUACCAUCUUGGUUGGGUGACAGGGACAGGGGGGGGUAUCAGCAUAAAGGAUGGAGACAGAAUAUAUAUUGCACCUUCAGGAGUUCAGAAAGAGAGGAUACAUAGUGAAGAUUUGUUUGUGCAAACUAUAGAAGAUAAAGAUUUAGAUGGUCCACCACCAGCCAAGAAACUCAAGAAGAGUCAAUGUACACCUCUCUUUAUGAAUGCAUAUACCAUGGCAG